GUUCACCAACGUCACGGUUUAAUACCAAUUGCGAAGCCUGGUGAUAAUGAUAUUCGGUGCCUUGUAAAGGCGUGUACAUGUGCUGGCAAGGCCACUGAAGGAACUGGAGGAGAACUUCCGGCUUCUAAGUUCUCACUGAACAGUGAAAAGUUGGCAGCGCUAUAGAUAACGCACCUGAUUACAUCCGAUCAAUGUCCAAGGAUUAAUGUUCGCUGUCACCAACCGGCGUCUCUUCAUCGACACACUCCCACCAUCUUACGAAUUGCUGCUUCCGAGCGCUUAGCAUAACAGAUAAUGUACAGUGUCCUGCCAUUCCCAAUCUCUGCACUUUAUGGGAUAUAUGGGCUCUUCAAGUUACUUCGGGUCCUUUUGACCUUUUUGGUACCUUCGAUUCCUGGUCCCAAUGAUGGUAUCCAUCUUGCCGUUAGCCCCCAAUGCGGUCCCCUGUCUGGCACAGUUUCGGACUUCAACGCUGGUCUAAAUCUUCCUCAAUUUAAGACCAUCGUUUCAUUCGGCGACUCAUUCACUGAUGGUGGAAGGCAUGAUGGUGGCCCUCUCGAGCCUGCUGUGAUGAUCCCAUCAUAUCCUCUAGCAGGCGGUCGUUCGACCAACGGACCGGUUUGGGUCGAGGGCAUUGCCAGUGACAUUGGUGCCAAGGUCAUGGAUUAUGCCUGGUCGAGCGCUGUUACAAACAUCAGCUUGUGGCCUAGCAACCCAUAUCCCCGGGACUUCAUCAUGCAGACGACAAUAUUCAUAAACCAAUCUAAUAAAUUGGAUCCGGAAACUACCCUGUAUACAAUCUUCUUUGGAAUUAACGAUUGGGGAGACUCCUUUGUGGACGGAAACCACCUACCACAAGCAGCACAAAAUAUCCUAGGCCAGAUCGCUCUUCUUUCUUCUCCGCCCACUAAUGCCCGCAACUUCCUCAUCACUGACGCAUACGGCCGCGGGCGUCAUAACGCAUGGGGCGAAGCAUGGCUUCAAUCAAUUUUUGAUGGGCUUGCUGUGUUCCGCUCGCAGGAUCCCCCUCUGAAUGUUGCUUUGGCCAAUUUUGCGACGAUUUGGGAUGGUGUGCUUGGAUCUGAUCCAGGCUAUGAGGCUUUUGGGUAUACAAACCCGGGUUCUUGUUUUAUCGAUGGUAAUACGUGCGAUGACCCGGAACAUUAUUUCUAUUGGUUUGACGGGCAUCCCUCCAAACAGACUCAUAGGCUCAUGGCGGACUAUGUGGAAGAAGUACUGACGCAGUGUCGUGUAUAAUUUUGUUUGCUGUACUGUUAUUGAGUAACAUCGGACUUUGAGACGCCAA